AUGUCAUUAUUACAUUCAAAACAUGAAAAAUACUUCAAUAGAUGUUUAGUAGCAUUACCAUCUCAAGCUUCAUCAGAAGAUUCAAAUAAAUUAGCUAUAAUAUAUUUUUGUCUACAAGGAUUAAUUAUAUUAAAUAAAUUUAAUUUUUCAAAAGAAGAAUGUAAAUAUCAUGAAAAUUUUAUAUGGUCAGAUUUUUAUUUUGAAGAUGAUGAAAUUGCAAGUUUUAGAUCAACUUCUUAUUUUAAAGAUUUGGGGAGGUAUGAUUUUGGAAAUUUAUCUGCUUGUUUUUUUGCAAUUGUAAGUUUGAUAAGUUUAGGAUCAGAUUUGAAAAGGUUAAAUCGGGAAAAGCUAAUGAAAUAUUUAGGGAAGUGUCAAACUAAAGAAGGUGGAUUUAUACCGUCUAAAUUUGGAGAACCAGAUUUGAGACAAUGUUAUAUGGCUUUAUUGAUACGACAGAUUAUAAAUAAUGAUGUAAAUACAAAUAAUGAUAUUGAUUUAAAAUCUUUAGAGGCAUUUAUACUAGAAAGAUUAAAUUUUAAUGGUGGAUUUAGUUCAACUAUAUUAGAUGAAUCUCACUUGGGAUAUACUUUUUGUGCAAUAGCUUCUUUAAAAAUGUUGAAUUAUCCGUUGGAUAAAUUGAAAAAUACUAGAAAUUGGUUAUUACAUAGGCAAGCAGAUUCUGAUGGUGGUUUUGAUGGUAGAGAGAACAAACUAACUGAUACAUGUUAUAGUUGGUGGUGUACUGGAAGUUUAGCAUUACUUGGUGAUGAAAAUUUAAAACUUUUUAAUCAUGAAAAAGCUGAAUCUUACUUGUUGGAAAAAACUCAAAAUUCGGUGGUAGGAGGUUUCAGUUCUAGACCUGAUGCUACUCCAGAUCCAUUGCAUUCAUUUUUAGCUCUUGCAAGUUUAUCAUUAUGGAAUCAUAAAAAAUUUCAAUUAAAUGAAAUAAAUCCUCUAUAUGUAAUUUGUAAAAAAAAUAUAAAUUGA